AUGUCAAAUAGUCUUCCAGUUGAGAUUUACGGUUCCGAGUUAGAUUCUAAUUGCGAGAAGGAGGAACUUAACUCCGAUUGUGAUGGCGACUGCCUAAUAAGAAUGGAGAAUAGGAGUACGCCACUCGUGGUCAGAGGAGAGCCUGGAGGAGAAUGGGAGAAAGCUUUUAGUUCGCCUUCAUUCCAUAGCUACUUAGUACCUCGGAUCCAUUCUCCUUUGAGAACUACCACUCAAGACUGUUGGAUCACUCAUCAAUGUCAUCAGCUUAAAAUUAUGGCUUUGGGGAAGCCGAUGCUAACUUGGCUGACACUGACACCGAGAGGAAAAGGCUUCUUUAUGGCAUUCCCGGCCUACGAGAAUAUCCUCUUCCCCAGGAAAGCUAACUCAAUAGGAAUUAUCUCUCUCGCCGAUGCUAUUGAAUCCGCAGCUGUUGGUCUUGGUGGUAGGGAUAUAAGACCAACAGUGGCUGUGUAA